GGAGGAUGCUGCUGCCUUACGGCACCCGCGUCGAAGUCCCCUUACUUUUCUGGAGCUUGGUGGUGACUGAAGUACUUACUGAUUUGGAGGCAUUUGGAUGUAGGUGAGCCGCCUCAUUCGUGCUCUCCGUACCCCCUUCGGUGUCCUCCCCGCGGUACCAGAAUCAUGCCUGUCCCCGCUGGAUACCUCCGUUACACCUCGAUGGCCUUCACGUCCUCGGCCUCGCUUAUCCCGCCUCCCCCGAUCAACACCCACCAGCCCGGGGUUGUCGCCUCGCUUCUCUACAGCGGCUCCAAGUUCCGAGGACACCAGAAGAGCAAAGGCAACUCCUACGAUGUCGAGGUUGUUUUGCAGCAUGUGACCAUGGAAGCCUCAUACUUGUGUGGGUACUUGAAGAUCAAAGGGUUGACAGAGGAGUACCCCACUCUGACUACGUUCUUUGCUGGGGAGAUCAUCAGCAGGAAGCGUCCGUUUCUAACCAGGAAGUGGGAUGCAGAUGAGGAUGUGGAUCGCAAGCACUGGGGCAAAUUCCAGGCCUUCUACCAGUAUGCAAAGAUGUUCAACUCGGAUGAGUUUGACUAUGACGAGCUGAAGAACUCUGACUACAUCUUCAUGAGGUGGAAGGAACAGUUCCUGGUCCCUGAUCACACCAUUAAAGACAUCAGCGGUGCUUCCUUUGCUGGUUUCUACUAUAUCUGCUUCCAGAAGUCCACAGCCACCAUAGAGGGUUACUACUACCACAGGAGCUCAGAAUGGUACCAGUCUCUGAACCUCACCCAUGUUCCAGAACACAGUGCAGCCAUCUAUGAGUUCCGGUGACCCAGGAAUUGUGGCUCUGUUGGCUCCGAAGGACUUUAAGGCCUGCAGAAGCUACUGAGGCUGGGAAAGGACUGGGGAGAAGGGAACAUGGAAACUGUUGUUACGACUACCAAGAGGACGUGCUUGUCUAUCUGAGGAUUAAGUAAAGGAAAUCAUGGAUUAAUUGAUGGACAGAUGGAAGGAGGUCUUUUAGGCUGGACCUUUCACCGUUUAAGGGAUGGAAUGAUGGACUGAUGGAAAAGACUGCUCAGCCCCAGGGCAGGCAGGGAACUUCAGUCGUAGGAUUGGGGCAGACAGCAGCAGCAGUGUGACGCUUUAUAAUUUCUUCAAUUGUUUUAAUGUCUGGUUUACAAUAUCUUGUUUUCUUUCACUCUGCUGCUUCGUGGUCUAGUUAUGAAACUCGUGACUUCAGUCCGAGUCCUGGACUCCAUUACUACAGCACUUAUCUUUGGACACUUUAUAAAUAAAGCUGAAGAUUCCCUCUUGGGGACUUGUUUGCUGUGAUCCAAUCACAGCUGAGCUGAACAGAUAUUGGACAAGGAUUCUUCUAGGAGAUUACUCUACUCUAUCAAACCCUGGAUCUCUUUUGAAGCUGAAUGUCAGCGUUUGGAAUAAAGUUCUCUGUUUGAACGACAGGUCAGGCAUCUUUUGGAUUGGAACUGUAAAGACUUCAUAGCUCAUUGAAUGAGUGUUAUUGUUUUAUUGGAAAGCUCUGCUAACUUCUCUGAUUGCCUGCAAAGAGAUUUUGCAAGUUACCUCUUCAGCUACCCAUUCUAAAGCUUCAGACGACAGAGUAUAAUGAGUGUCUGGAGGUCUCUGACUAAUUGAUUGUUUCAUUUGCCACACAUUGUUGUGUUUAACUCCAGUGCAGCACUGCUAACCCAGUGUACAUACAUAACGUAACAACACGUACAUCCUGGUUGGAUUUGAGAUGGAAUCAUGUUAUUAGCCCCAUGCGGUCAGCAGCAUUUUACUUUUCACUCACAUAUAAAAAUCAAAAGAAUCCAUGCCCCCUCAUCGUUAACUAUGCAAUAUUAUUUAACAGUAGCACUCUGACUUCAGAAACCAGAUUUAUUCUAUCAUAAUAUUAUAAAACAUGUCUAUCUUUCUCAUUAAAGGAAAUAUUGUGUAUAAUUGCCUUUUAAAGCACUCCCUUGCCUUGUCCAGGCAAUGGUGCCAUCUUUUUAAAGCUUAUCAAAAUGUAUUUUGUGUGUGUGUGAGAGAGAGUAUGGACUGAAAGUAGAUUGGUGUGACCUGACUGGUUGUGACUGUGAGGAAUGGAGUAAAUCAUAUCAAAACACUUUGUCUUUUUCUUGAAAAUAAAUGACUUGUAUUAACUGUACUGCAGUGA